AUGGCAAAAACUACCAUUGUUCCUACUCUUCUCUUUGUUCUCAUAUUCCUUAUAGUUACUUUUGGUGCUCUAGCAAAUACUCCCAAUUUUCCCCAUGAUAGGGAUCCACCACAUCCUAAGGACCCACCAAAACCUCCUAUUAACCAUCGAAGGCAUCCACCCCCACCUCCUCCGGUUGCCACACCGCCAGCACCUCCUCCGCGUGUCGUUCCCCCAACAACACCUCCAGUCGCAACAGUACCACCAGCAUCUCCUCCGCGUGUCUUACCCCUAACACCUCCUCCAGUCUCCACACCACCAGCACCUCCUCCUCAAACCGUUCCCCCACCACCUCCACCAGUUGGCAAACCACCACCUCCUCCUCCAUUUGCCACACCACCUCCACCACCACUAAUUGCCACACCACCACCUCCACCUCCCCCUACCCUUCCAUUUAUUUAUUCUGUGACUGGCAAACUAAUGUGCACUAUUUUGAGUAAUCCUAUCUCAGCAUGUAACCUCUUACCGAAUCUUUGUCGGGGAAUCUCCAAUUCCACAGUUAAGAUCAACUGUGGGCCAAGUAAGAUUACAAUAGCUCAAGGAAUAACCAACUCGAGUGGCAAUUUCAACAUUCAAAUUCCAAACAAUUUCAAUGUGAAUGAAUGUGUUGUCUCGGUCAAGUUGCCUAUCACAAGUUGUCCAAUUCUUCUUACUGGUAGUAUAGAGGCACCCAUAGACCAUAUCGUAAGCAUAAGUGGAACAGGCUCUCAAGUCAGGGUGGACUAUGGCAUUGGUCGAUAUUCCCGCACCACCCUUUGA